AAUUACAUAUAUAUUUAAAGAUGACUUGCACGACUUUUGAUGGUUUCUUGGAGCUAUAAAAUGUCACGGAUUGUGGGCUAAAUGAAAGGGUUCCUUUUGGGCUCAACUUUUGUGCUGCAAAGUGUGAUAGCUGAAAGAUUAUCGAGUUGAUUUGCUGCAAGAAUGGUGACAAGAACGGUGGAUCUCCGGUCUGACACUGUCAGCAAACCAACUGAAGCAAUGAGAGCUGCUAUGGCAAACGCUGAGGUUGAUGAUGAUGUUUUGGGUCACGACCCGAGUGCGUUGCGGUUAGAGACUGAAAUGGCGAAAAUCAUGGGCAAGGAGGCGGCUCUAUUUGUUCCAUCAGGCACCAUGAGUAACCUUAUUAGUGUGCUUGUGCAUUGUAACAUUAGGGGAAGCGAGGUGAUACUUGGAAAUAAGUCUCAUAUCCAUAUUUAUGAGAAUGGAGGCAUCUCAACAAUUGGAGGUGUUCAUCCUCGAACUGUGAAUAAUAAUGAGGAUGGAACGAUGGAUAUAGAUUUAAUUGAAGCUGCAAUCAGAGAUCCAAGAGGGGAGAUUGUUUAUCCAACUACUAGACUUAUCUGUUUGGAGAAUUCACAAGGCAGCUGCGGUGGUAGAUGCUUGUCUGUAGAAUAUACUGACAGAGUUGGAGAAUUAGCUAAAAAGCAUGGUUUGAAGCUUCACAUUGAUGGGGCUCGCAUUUUUAAUGCAUCAGUUGCACUUGGAGUUCCUGUUAGUAGGCUUGUACAGGAUGCAGAUUCAGUUUCGGUGUGUCUGUCAAAAGGUUUAGGUGCACCAGUUGGCUCUGUUAUUGUUGGUUCCAAAAGCUUUGUUGCCAAGGCUAGAAUCCUCAGAAAAACCUUAGGAGGUGGAAUGAGACAAGUCGGUGUCCUUUGUGCUGCUGCUUUAGUUGCUGUACAAGAGAAUGUUUCAAAGCUCAAGGAUGAUCACAAGAAAGCUAAGAUGCUAGCAGAGGGGCUGAAUCAAAUUAAAGGACUAAGAGUGAAUGUUGCUGCUGUGGAAACCAAUAUUAUAUAUAUCGACGUAGUAGAGGGCGCAGCAGAAAAGCUGUGCAAGAACUUGGAACAGCAUGGUAUACUUAUAAUGCAAGAGAGUCCAAUCAGCAUUAGGGUUGCCCUUCACCACCAAAUUUCAGCAAGUGAUGUGCAGUACACUCUUUCAUGCUUUAAGCAAGCUUUGACUGGGGAGGUGCAAGAGGAUAAUGGCAUCUAGUGGAAGAAAUUGCUUGCCACAGGUGGUUGUUCAGUGAAAAUGUUCAUGGGGCUGAAUAGUUAAAUUGUCUUUGAAGCUUUUUGUGGUUAAAUAGUGUAAUAAACAAUGAAUUUAUCAAGUCCAAAAGCGAUCUCUGCCUACA